AUGGUGGACUACUAUGAGGUGCUGGGCGUGCCCCGCCAGGCCUCGUCUGAGGCCAUUAAGAAGGCAUACCGCAAGCUGGCGCUCAAGUGGCACCCCGACAAAAACCCGGGGAACAAGGAGGAGGCGGAGAGGAGGUUCAAACAAGUGGCCCAGGCGUACGAGGUGUUGUCAGACACCAAGACAAGGGACAUUUAUGACCGAUACGGCGAGGCGGGAGUGAAGGACAACGGCGGAGGCGGUGGAGGGCCUUUCGAAGACCCCUUCGAAUAUGUCUUCAACUUCCGCGACCCAGCCGAGGUCUUCAGGGAGUUUUUUGGUAGCCAGGACCCAUUUUCUUUUGACUUCUUCAGAGGCCCGCUUGAGAACAUUUUCGGGGCGGAGGAUCUCCUGGGGAAGCAGAAGCAGAGGGUCUGCACCCCUUUUCUCCACCUUCCAUGA